GCUUCUCCUUAAAAAAAAAAAAUGGCCAAAAAACAUCCCUGGUUCCAGGAAAGCCUCUUUCCCAGCCUCUUCCCCAUCUCAGCACAGUGCAGAACAUGAUGUGGCGGCCUGGCUCUGUUCCUUCUCCGUGUGACAUCUUCUUUGCAGUGCUCUGGGCAGAUUUAUGACCAGGUAUAUAUUGCACUGGGACUCCUGAGGGAUCAGCCAAGUAUUUCUUCAGGGAGAAGAAGAAAGGAACUAUUUAGCUGCCUGUUCUGAGACUCUGCUUCAAGGGGAACAAGACCCCGUCACUGAAAUCCUUCCACAAUGCUGUGGCUGCUGCUGCAGGUGUUGGCCAGCUGCCUCUGGCUGGGACACAGCGAGGUGGUGAAGUCCUUUGAAACUUCAUGUCCUCAGUUUUUCUUCCAAGAGACCCCCCCGAAUGAAGCCCUGGAGCCACAGCACCCAGCCUGGAUCUGCCAGCGCUACAAGAACCAGUAUUACUUUGCCACCCUGUACGACAGGAAGAUGCGUAUUCCUGUCUACUCUGCUUACAUCUACCAGCCUGGACCUGGCAAAAGACCUAAAACUUGGCUAGUUGAGCCUCAGCUGAUUGGCGCAACUUAUCCCAAAACUAUGGAAAAAGAGUGGACACUCUUAAAUCGAUACAAUGUCACCCUAGAGAAACUCAGCCAGAGCCAGGCUAUCCUUCAUGACUACAAGAACCUGACGGGUUUGAACCGGGGCCAUUUGAACCCCAAUGGCCACCACGAUGACUACAGCAGCAGGAUGGCCACCUUCACCCUCACCAACAUAGUGCCCCAGGAUGAGAAACUCAACGGGGGUGCCUGGAACAACUACGAGCAGCAAACGAUGAUCAGGAGGACCCAGGGCUGUAAAACUACCUAUGUCAUCGUGGGUGCUGUGCCUGGGAACAACUACAUUGCCAAGGGGAGGGUUAAUAAACCCAGCCACCUCUGGUCAGCUGCCUGCUGUGUGGUGGACAACAACUACAUAAAGGCUUGGGCGGUCAUUGCUGAGAAUGACAAGAACCAGGUUCAGCUCCUCACACUGGGAGAGCUGGAGGACACCUUAACUGAGCUCUAUGGGAGGGGACAGGUUUCCCUGUUUGACAGUGACUGUCCCCGAGAAUAAGCCUCACAUCCUGGGGAGAACAGGCUCAGGAGCUUUUGCCACAUGUCAUAAAAUCACAGAAAGGUUUUGGUUUGAAGGAAUUUCAAAGAUCAUCCCUCUAGUCUCAGCUCCUGAGCCAUGGGCAGGGACACCUUCCACUAUCCCUGGUAGCUCCAAGCCCUGUCCCAUGGUAGUGAGCUUCUUUGUUAUGAAAUUGUGGUGUUAUAAGUUCAGAAUUAUUUGUUCUGCUUGUCCCCCAUGCAUAUUGGUUUGUCCCUGAGCAAUGUCCACCCAUUCCCCUGUUCAUCUACUUAAAGACCUACCCCUUAUUCCAGAGUCUUCCCUGCCACUCAGGGAGACCCUGCCCUCCUCCCUUGUCCAUCACAGAAACCCCACCUUUGUUUCCACAAACUUCUGUGUCCAUCCUGGAUCCCUGGAAUACCUAUUGGUCUGCUUGGCCUGCUCUCCUCCCCUGUUGUCUCCCACUGGAUGUCAUGAUGUAUACCCCACCUUGUGCCCCUUCCCAGGUGUCUCUCCAUUGGUCCAAGUUUUUAUCCUCCCUAUGUUCCCUCCCCUGUAAUUAAGAUGCUGUUACCCUAUAGAGCUCUGUCGCUUGUUCCUGGAUCCUGUCAGAUUAAAGUCCUUUGAGGGUCUACACAAGUGAUCCCUCUCUUUUCCUUCACUCUGGACUCCUUGACUUGGGAUUCUAGCAGCAGCUGCACAGAGCAGCUUUGCUGCUUCUGAGAGCGAGGCAGCCCUGCUUUACUGCCACGCAGAGUGACCCAAGGGGCAGACAGGGAGCAGCCACUCUUGGCACAGGCCAGGAGCUUGGGGUAGCCAUGGUCAUCUCCAAGCAGUCAGCCCAUGUCACUGUCCAACCUGGCUUUGAACACUUCCAGGGAAGGAGCAGACACAGCUCCUCUGGACAAUUUAUGCCAGGGCCUCACCACCUUCACAGUAAAGAAUUUCUUCUUAACAUGUAAUCUAACCCCAUCUGCUUUCAGUUUAAAGCUACUCGCUCUCAUCCCAUCACUCCAUCCCCUUGUCCAAAGUCCCUCUCUCUUAAAACCAUUUAGACACUUGAAGGCAUCCAAAUUCUCCCAAGAAAGAGUCUUUUCUCCAGGCUCCCUCACUCUCAGCUCUUUCAUCCUCUCUCCAGAUGUACUUCAGCUCUUGGAGCACCCUUGUGGCCUUGUCUAGACUCCACUCCAACAGCUUUGUCACCUGUUGUGGAUCCUAGAGCUGGAGGCAGCCCUACAGGUGAGGUCUCACCAGAACAGAAUAGAGGGGGACAAAUGGACUGUAGAAGGGAGCAAGACAACUCAAUGCUCCCAAAGACUUGGGAAUAAUUUCCAGGGAGGUCUGAGAGAGCAGACUUCACAUGAUAUCUAUGUUCCAUUAGGAAGUGAGAAACCUGUCUUCAGGUCAGGAAAACUUACAUAUAAAAGGAUACCCACUGCCACUUGCUUAUAGAGUAGUUUGGGGACUAACUUAACAAUUUCCAUGCCAAGUGUGUAAUUUACUAAUAAAACCUUGUGGAAUUUUA